CCACUUCGGUGCACCCAUCGGCGAGCGGGCACGAUGCCGCGAAGUCAGGCUAGGGUAUUUGAGGAUGGGGGGGAGGAUGAGAAUCUGAAGGCGCAGAAGAAAUGUUGCGUGUACAAGUACAUCCGCGUGGGGCAGAGUAUCGGCGAGAGAUUCCGCGGCAAUCGCAUGUUGAAGUGUGUUUUCUGCGGCCAUGAGUUCCAGGGCAACCAGUUCGUGGCGGCGCGCCAUUUCCGCCAGGGCAAGGGAUGUCCGGAAGUGACCGACGAGGCACUUGUCGACAUCCACUACAAUAGUGAGUACAAGAUGUCCGGCAAGUUCCAACAGCAGAUCCAACAGUUUGAGGAACUUCACAGUCCGGUGCCUGCGAUGGAUCCGCGACGGGACGAGGGGGGGGAGGCAGAGAUGAGGGACGCGGAGGAGCAGAUCGACGUGCACGACAACGUCGAGGAGGUUGCGCGGGCAGGGUCGUCAGGGAGGGAGCGAGGGAAGGGCGUUGUCAGCGAGCCGGGGGGCAGCAGGGCCAGUACUUUGCGUCGGCGCACGUGUCGGCUCGUACACGGGCAGAUGGAGUUCAAGAAGAAGUGGUUGUGGUUUGUGUACAGUCAGCGCCUGGCGUUCAAUGUCUUCCGGAGCAAGCCGUGGUUGGACGUCGUCCGACACUUCAGGGAUUUGUCGGGGCCAAUGAAGGUGUUGUGGCCUUCAGAGAAUGAGAUCGCAGACAUAGAGAUCAUUGUCCACACGGCGGACGAUGUGGGAGCUGAUCUCGCGGAGGUGUUCGAUGACUUUCCCCCUAAGUGGGUGAACGCCAUCUGCACCGACUCCGCGUCGGCGUACGUCGCCGCGGCGAACAUGCUCCAGGGGCCCGAGCAGAGGCCAGAGCAUCGAUGGAUCACGUGGCUCCCAUGCGCAGUGUAUGUCUGCAACAAGAUAUUGCCAGACAUUGGUUGUUCGGGCGCGUGGUCCAAGGACAUCGUCGUGAGGGGGAGAGCGGUGGUGCGCUUCAUUAAGGAGCACGACGCCGCUCUCCAUAUUUUUCGGGGGGAGAGCAGGUGGAUGGGCCUCAUUUAUCCUUGCGAGACACGUUUCGCAUUUGUGUUCGCGAUGGUGGAGCGUUUGCUGGCAGUGAGGUCAGCAUUGGAGAGGAUGGUGGAUGGCGAUACUUGGGGUAUGGUCCCUUGGGACCAUUCCGUUCGUCACUUGGCUAGGUGGGUCAGGUGGCAGGUGCGGCAUGGCAGCUGGUGGGAUUCCAUGGCCAUCUUGUUCCGUGUCAUGGAGCCCGUGUACGACUUGCUGCGCAGGUUGGACCGUGGAGGGCUGCACAUGUCACGGGUUGCUGAGUGGGCACAGGAUCUGGCCCGCCAGGUAGCAGAGGAGGUUUGUGCACUUCCGACCAAUCUUGCACACCACAUUGUGCGGAGGGUGCAGGCCCGAUGCGCUCACAUGUUGGAGCCGGCGCACGCCGCUGCUCACCCUCUUUUUCGCAGCCCCUGGGACUUGCGGUACUUCGAGGGCGUGGUCAGCGACUACGACGCGAGCUUGGUGAGGGAGGCAGAGACUUACAUCUUGUCACAGACAGGGUUCAGUGUGGCGAGCCGCGACUACGAGACCGCAUGUGCGUAGUUGUGCGACUUCCACACACGGAGGGGGACGAUUGCUUGGGGGGGGAGGGACGGAGACAGAGAUGCACAGAGGUGCACGGGCGAUGCGGAGACAUACGAGUCC